UUUCGAUUGGUUAAGCUUUCCCACCAGACAAACGUCAAAUCAAACGUCAACAAAAAAUCUGCUUGUAAUCGUUACCUCAGUGUUUUUGUGUAAAUUGUGAAUUAAAUACUCACAAAAACUUGCAAAAAUGCCGGACCAUUUGGGCGAUGAUAUGCGAAAGGUGAAAACCGAUAAAGAAGAGCCGGAAAAGGAAAUAAAAUCCCUCGAUGAAGGUGAUAUUGCUCUUCUCAAGACCUACGGCCAGGGUCAAUACACUAAAACAAUAAAAACGGUGGAAGAUGACAUCCAGACGAUUAUUAAACGUGUUAAUGAGCUUACUGGGAUUAAGGAAUCUGAUACGGGAUUGGCCCCACCGGCCCUUUGGGAUUUGGCUGCUGAUAAGCAAACUCUACAGAAUGAGCAGCCCUUGCAGGUGGCCAGGUGCACGAAAAUCAUCAAUGCCGACACUGACGAUCCUAAAUAUAUAAUAAAUGUGAAGCAGUUUGCCAAAUUUGUUGUAGAUCUGGCCGAUUCUGUGGCCCCCACCGAUAUUGAGGAAGGAAUGAGAGUGGGUGUUGACCGCAAUAAAUAUCAAAUUCACAUCCCUUUGCCUCCAAAAAUUGACCCCACUGUCACUAUGAUGCAAGUGGAGGAAAAACCUGAUGUUACAUACAGCGACGUCGGCGGUUGCAAAGAACAAAUUGAAAAAUUGCGAGAAGUUGUAGAAACUCCCUUGUUACAUCCGGAAAAAUUCGUAAAAUUGGGUAUUGAGCCCCCCAAAGGUGUUCUCCUUUUUGGCCCCCCGGGCACCGGUAAGACCCUCUGCGCCCGAGCCGUGGCCAACCGCACCGACGCUUGUUUCAUCCGCGUAAUCGGGUCCGAAUUGGUUCAGAAAUACGUGGGCGAGGGGGCCCGCAUGGUCCGCGAAUUGUUCGAAAUGGCCCGUUCGAAAAAAGCUUGUUUGAUUUUCUUCGACGAAAUCGAUGCCAUUGGCGGAGCUAGAUUCGACGAUGGCGCCGGUGGCGACAACGAAGUCCAGCGGACGAUGUUGGAACUAAUUAACCAAUUGGACGGUUUUGAUCCCAGAGGAAACAUCAAGGUUUUGAUGGCGACUAACAGGCCCGACACCCUGGAUCCGGCUCUGAUGCGUCCCGGUCGUCUCGACCGCAAAGUAGAGUUUGGGUUGCCAGACCUGGAGGGCCGGAGUCAUAUUUUUAAGAUCCACGCGAGGUCCAUGAGCGUGGAAAGGGAUAUUAGGUUCGAGCUGUUGGCUCGCCUGUGCCCGAAUUCCACGGGGGCGGAGAUCAGGAGUGUGUGUACAGAGGCAGGGAUGUUUGCGAUUAGGGCCAGGAGGAAGGUGGCCACCGAGAAGGAUUUCCUCGAAGCUGUGAAUAAAGUCAUCAAGUCGUAUGCGAAGUUUUCGGCGACUCCUAGAUACAUGACUUAUAACUAAUUUGUAUUUUGAUAGCUAAAUAUAAUUUGCUUUUUGAA